AUGAUCUUCCGUAGGGCUGCAGCAGUUCUCGGAGGCAUCUUGGCGCUAGGUCAAGGUGCCUGUGUGAAGGCUGCCCUCUCCACCUCCAAUACCAUCUUAGUCCUGGCCCGUGAUGCCGCUUCCGCCACCUCGGCCACCUCUGGCCUCCAGGGCUACGGCAUCCCAUACGAGGUCCUCCUUGUACCUCAGUCCGGUGCCGCUCUGCCUCCGCUCAACUCCUCAGCAGAGUCCGGCAACUACGGUGGCUUCAUUGUGCUCAGCGAGCUGGCCUAUAACCUUCCCGGUGGCUGGGGCAGCGCCGUCACCCCCGCCCAAUGGCAGACCAUCUACAACUACCAGACCACCUUCGGAGCUCGCAUGGUGCGUCUCGAUGUGUUCCCCAGCACCGAUCUUGGUGUCACUCUUGCCGUCCCGAAUGCUGGGUGCUGCAACACGGGCGUCGAGCAGCUUGUCAGCAUCAGCUCGACCACUGAUUUCCCCACGGCCAACAUCAAGACCGGUGCUGGUGUGAGCACACAAGGUCUCUGGCACUACCCAGCCACCAUCAUCAACUCUACUCUUGCCAAACAGGUGGCUACUUUUGCUCCUUCUUCGGAUGGCACCUUCACCACCACCACGACUGCUGCCAUCAUCAACGACUAUGGACGUCGGAAGCAGAUGGUCUGGUUCAUGUCGUGGGCUACCGACUGGGCCCAGGGUCCCAACUUCCUGCAGCACGCCUACAUCCACUGGUUGACCCGCGGUGUCUUCCUCGGAAAGCGCAAGAUCUAUCUAAGCACGCAGGUGGAUGACAUGCACUUGGCCACGGGCUUGUACCGCCCAGUCAACACCGAGUUCCGUGCUCGCGUGAGCGACAUGGUCCAGCAUGCUACCUGGCAAACCAACCUCAACUCCCGUCUUCCUGCCGGGUCCAACUACUUUGUCGAGAUUGCUCACAAUGGCAACGGUGACAUCGAGAACGCCAUCACUCAGCCCGGCGGAACCACCACGUGCAAUCCCAACGAGCCCGUGUGGUACGAUACACCACCCGAUACUCCUCUCGAGUUCCAGAAGCCCCUCGGCACCGGAACCAAUGUCUGGCCCAGCAGCUGGACGACCUACCCGUGGUCCUUGACCUGUGCCAAGCUGGAUCCCCUCGCCACCUGGUUCAACACCAACCCCAACACCUUUGCCCACCUGUCCCACACCUUCACUCACCUGGAGCUCAACAACGCCACCUACUCCGACGCCGACAAGGAGAUCAAGUUCAACAAGGCCUGGCUCCAGCAGCUCGGCCUCUGGACAGCCAGCAAGGUCUCCCAAGCCGGCCUUGUUCCUCCUGCCAUCACCGGCCUCCACAACGGCGAUGUCAUCCGCGCCUGGUGGGACAACGGCAUCCGCUACGUCGUCGGCGACAACACCCGGCCCCCCCUCCGCCACCCGUCCAACUCGUUCUGGCCUCGCAUCUCCAACGUCGCCGACAACGGCUACGCCGGCCUGACCAUCAUCCCACGCUGGGCCACCACCAUCUAUUAUAAUUGCGACACGGCCUUUUGCACCACGCAGGAGUGGAUAGACACCUCGGGCGGCAGCGGUACCUUUGCCAACCUCAUCAACGACGCCCGCGCCGUCAACACCCGUUACCUCCUCGGCCUCCACCACGACCCCUUCAUGUUCCACCAGGCCAACAUGCGCACCGGCGACGUGGACUCGUACACGGUCGGCCCCGUCACCGGCAACCUCUCUCUCCUGCAGAUCUGGGUCGAGGUGAUCGCGCAGGAGAUGACGCGGUUGACCAACUGGCCGAUUGUUACCAAGAAGCACGACGACAUUGGCAAGCUGUUUGUCGAUCGCCAGACUCUGGACAACUGCGCCCCCAAGCUGCGCUACAACUACGCCGCCAACGGCAACACCAUCACCUCUGUCACUGUCACGGCCAACGGGAACAGCUGCAGCGUCCCCGUGCCGGUGACCGUGAGGGGUGGUGCUACCGGGUCGGGGACGACGGUUGAUGCUGUGGGGAGCGAGCCGCCUAUCUACUGGACCACUCUGAGCGGGUCCGCGAGGACGUUGACGCUCAGCUCGCCGGCUGUUAUCUAG